GACCAACGUCUCAUGUGGCCGAAAUUUGACUGGAAAACUUCCAAGCACACCUGCACGUCCGAAUUCGCUUAUCCGUGUUAGCUACAUAGGUCGGAAUACCACUAACCAGACCCCGUAUGAAAUGAUUGCCACCUCGGUUUACAAUUAUCUCGAGCCUUAUCUCCCCGCUCAAGCUGCCUAUGCGAUCUCGAUGGUCGUCUUCGUAUUUGAGAAAUUCUUCAUGCCCAAGUUCUACGAAGUAUAUUCACAUGCCAGUCUGGAUCCGAAAACGCUGGUCCCGUUCGUGAUUUCGGCGAUUGCUCUAUACCUGUCGAUAGUCUCGAUCUACCAUGCAUUCAGAGCGGCUCUCCGGAUGGUUUGGUUCUUGCUCAAGUGGAGCAUUGCGAUCGUCAUCCUCUGGUUCAUCUUGGGCUUUUUGAACGAAGCAAAAGGAAAUUCUCAUCGUGGCCAAAGUGCAAGAAAUCCUUUCCAGAGCUAUCAAGACUCGGCCACCUCAUGGUGGAAUAGCGCUGCUUGGAGCACAUCCAAUCUUGAUCCGCAAAGCUUCAUUGGCCCUCUCCAGAUGAUCUUCGGCUCAAGCGUAGCAUCUCUCUUCGACCCCACCAAAUUCUUCGAACAGAUGUCAAGUCACUUCCAAUCUCACAACAAAGCAACCAACUCAUUUCGUCCUGGAAAACCCCAAUAUUCAAGCUCCUCUUAUUCCUCAUCCGACUCGACAAAACAAAAGAGUAACUCAAGAAGCUCACGAACCCAGUCCAACGAGAACACUGAAACACCACCCAAUGUCCGCGCAUUUUUCCAAAAAGUUUGGACGGAAAACCUCCAAAACCCCUUGCAAUCCGUCUUCCGCGAACCGCAGAGCCGGAAUCAAGGGACAAAAUCUCAGAGUAGCCGAUCUAGCCACACUACCACCUCACGAUGAUAUUGUUCGUUUUGAAAGGAAACGGACUCACCAAUCAAAAUGAUUAUAAACUAGACUCGCUUGAUCUUGUGGUCCUUUUCGAUUCAGAUUGAUUCCUUCACAUCUGAUUGUAUCAUGUACCGAACCAAUCUACUUCUCUCUUCUCGCUUAACACUUUUUUAAUCCUGAAAAUUUAUCACUCCCAAGGCAUUCCUGAUUGAUAAGUAGUGUCAUUUCUUUCCCCUUGUUUGAUUACGUCGGAUCUAGAAAAUAUCUUUGUCCACGAGUUGAUCGUAGUGCUGCUUCUGCAUUACUAGCACCUUCAUACUGUCUUCGCUUCUACCCACGUGGAUUUGCUGUUUGAAACCAUGGAAAUUAACUCUUAACAUAACGAUGGCAUUGCUACUUUUGAAAACCCUAUUAGCCUCGCAUAAUUUCUAUGUAUUCGGGCCAACCAACCCGCUUCCAGCACAUUGGUUUGGUUUGGUUUGGUUUUUUUU